AAAUGAAUGAUCGGGCAUGAGGGACACUGCGGUGGAAUUCUUGCCUUCAGCAAGAGAGAAGGGGAAACUCCGCUCGGCACUCCAAAGUACACAGCCUCCGCGUUUGCAGUGGUGUGCUUCGUUCUUGCUUCUUUAUUUAUCUCCACGAUUCGAUUUCGAAGCUUCAUUUAAAGUCACGAGUUCAUCCUUACAUCAAGUGGAAAAAAGAGGGACGCUCGCAGGGCGAAGUAAAGACACAAGGAGCAUCAUGAAAUUCACCGUUAUCACAUUGUUGGCACUGUGCCUUAUAGCUAUUGGCAGAGCUGCAGAGGAGGAGUACGAUUAUGAAGAGGAACCAGCAGCCCCGGUUACACCUGCGCCUGCGAGACCAGUAGGAAGACUAGGUGGGCUCUUGUCUGCAAGAGGUCGAGCUCCUGUGGGAAGAAAACCAGCAGCGAAUAACCUUGUUUCUCAGCCUUCGUCCACGACACCCAAGCCGGUCGAAGAACCCAUCCAGAACGAAGAAGACAACGAAGAGGUUCUAGAGGAGAGUCAGGAACAGGAAGAAGCUCCCACCACGACAACGGAAGCCUCAAAGAAGUUGCGCAUCGGUGUCAGGCCUUUCAGAUCAAACGAGGACCUCCUGGCUGCCCUGAAGAGGAGAAGAGCUCAGGUCAGCAGUAGCCAUUCACGGGAGACUGCGGCAACGCAGGCAGCUGCCGAAGCCACGACAUCUAAACCGAAGUCAACGUCCAAUAAUCGCAUCAGGAAUGGCUCAUCCGGUGAAGCUCCUGCAAGGACGACGACUCGCGGACGAUUCGGAUCGACCCGAGGAUCGAAGCCCAUUCAAGAGGAGGUCGAAGAGACCCAACAGGAAGAGGUCCAAGUGAAGCCCAAACCCUACCGCAGAGGUUAGGCACGAUUGGCGAUUUCGGCCUGAGCGUCAAUUCUGCAUCGUUCAUAAGAAUGAUCGAAUGUCGAAGCAAUGGAUGUUCGCCGUUUCGUUCAAUUAAUGAAUUCCUUACGAAAUUUCAUAUCCCUCACGUCUUUAUAUUUUUUUUAUACAUACAAAAGUGCCCAUACCGAUCGAUAUUACUUUCUACUCUAACUACACGAUGAUAUUAUGUGUAAUGUGUUUUUGAAAGUGUAAUGUGAUAGCAGUUUCGAGCAGUCCGUUAUCAUUGAUACACGGUCGCUAUGUAAUUUUGCCAAUUCCGACUGACGUUAAAUAAAAGUGGUUAUAGUAACUCGACUUCGUAUAGGAAACAAAUGUGAAUGAUAAGAGUAUAAUGAGAAACAACAAUUCGCUGGGUUACCGUGUACGCGUACGAGAAAAAAAAAAAUAAGUGCAAUCUGUACAAAGGAACGCCUGAAAUCAUGUACAUAGGAGACUAUUGCCGUUCUCUGACUAACCUAAAAUAUUGUAUAAAUGUAAAUUAAUGAGAAUAAAGGUAAAGCACACGAAGCGAAUUCUUUCGCCGAGUGAUAGUAAUCUUUCACGUGGGCGUCCACAUAUUUACCCGAGA